AACUUGUCGCUCUCUUUUAUAGGAAUAAUCUAUGAUGUGAUUGUAGAACCUCCCAGUGUUGGGUCUAUGACAGAUGAACAUGGACAUCAGAGACCAGUGGCCUUCUUGGCAUACAGAGUAAAUGGACAGUAUAUUAUGGAAGGACUUGCAUCCAGCUUCCUUUUCACAAUGGGAGGUUUAGGCUUCAUAAUUCUGGACCGAUCCAAUGCACCAAAUAUCCCAAAGCUCAAUAGAUUUCUAUUGCUUUUUAUUGGAUUUGUCAGUGUCCUUUUGAGCUUCUUCAUGGCAAGAGUUUUCAUGCGGAUGAAAUUGCCGGGAUACUUGAUGGGUUAGUGCCUUGUGUGAUGUAGGCACGCACAAGAUGGAUUUGCUUCUCUUCAUGAAGAGCUUAAUACCAAGCAAUCAACAAAAAUUGAACUGUCUCCCCCUAUCUCCAAGAAGACACAAGAAAGGUCUAGUUAUGAGAGCAAGUGCAAAAAUUGCUUCCAACUGUCUCCUUUUAUCAAUAAAAAUCAUUGCCAGUGGCUAAUAUAUUUUUAAAACAGCAUUUUAUCACGUCUGCUUCUAUCUUUAAAAAGAAAGUUACUGAACUGUUACUUAGCUCUAGAUACGAAUUUGCAUCUUGAAAAAAAAAUCAGUAUAAAAUAUAAAACUGACACUUCCCCCCUCCUUUUCCCUUCAACUGAUUGAGAUAUUAAGCAAAUGUUUUACUAUUCCUGAUUUUAUUUCAAAUUGAUACCUGCAUAGAAGUCUUUUGGUGAUGCUUUACUUUCAAACACACUGUGUCUAGUGAAGUUAUUUCUAAGGCACCUAUUGCCUUGAUAUUCAUGGCAAUGCAUUAACAAAUCCAGAAGUACACUGGAUACAAUAUUGUAUGAGUGCAUUUCUUUUUGGAACAGUGUAUGAAAGCCAAUUAAACAUGUUUUCUACUAAACCA